CGGCAUCCUUCGUCUCAUUUGUUGCCCUAAUUUGUGAGUUCUCUACAUUGGCCAGCAAAAUGGUGUCUGGCUUAAUAAAUGCUAAUCCUAUCAUCCACAAAAAGAAAGAGCGCCGAGCUCGCACUACGCCCACCUUCGCUGAUGACGAUGUUCCUGAACCGAUUGAUCAACAAGAAGUUUUUGAUCAUAUAAGGGAUAUUAGAGACCCAGAGCAUCCAAACUCCUUGGAAGAGCUCAGAGUAAUAACUAAAGAUGCACUUGAAGUCGAUGAUCAGCAUAGUUAUGUCAGGGUUACGUUUACUCCUACACUUGAAUAUUGUGCCGUGCCGAGCCUCAUAGGUCUAUGCUUACGGUGUGUGAAACUCAUGAGGAGCCUUCCUUCGCGCUACAAGGUGGAUAUCAGAGUAGCGCCUGGAUCUCAUGUGAAGGAGGCUGAAGUUAAUAAAAAACUAAAUGAUAAAGAAAUGGUGGCUGCCGCACUGGAAAGGCCAUACUUGCUGGAAAUGGUUGAUGAAUGUUUAGCUCCAUCUUUUGGUUGAAGGAGCUUUUCAUCCCCCGAUGCAAUAAUAAGAUGUGGUACUCAUUUUAUGAUUGCCAGCCUCAUUGGUGAUGCAAUUUUUGCCUACUAUACGUUCAUUUGAGUUUCAGAUUAGGAGUAUGCAGCUGGAAAAAGUCAUGGAAGUGAUACUUUCAUAUGAUUCUUUAUUAUGAGCUCCAGAAGAAGGAAAAAUAUGUUUUCUAUUCUCA